AUGAACAAUACAUCACCCCAAAGACCAUCGGUCUACGACCACUACGCCACUCUAGGCUUAGACAUAUUCGCCUCAGACGAAACUAUAUCAGCAGCCAUCAGAUCAUUACGCAAAAAGGAAGACCAUAGGAAUUGGCAGAGACGACGGAAUGAGGAUGCGGUUCAGAAGGCGGUGAAGCUGGCGAUGAGGCACGUGGGAUGUGAGCGACAAGAGGAAGCUUGUGAGACGGAGAGGACGAAGGGGGAUGUGGAGGAACGGGAAGAAGGGCAAGGAGAAUAUUCUGGGUUGCGGGAUGGUGAGACGACGGGGCAAUCGAAGGGAUCCCAGGAUGAGGGUCUGCAGGUUUCUGAAGGACUUGGUGGAGCCGGUGCGCCUGCAUACGAUACGGCUUCCGCUGACACGACGGCUUCCAUUACGACGUUUUCCAACACGACAUCUCCCAACACGACGUCUACCAACCCGCCUGCUUCCAACCCGUUCGCCCUCCUUAUGUCUGCCUUCAGCGCGUAUGCCGACAACAAGACUUCCACCAACCCGCCCUCCACCAACACCCCAUCUUCCAACACACCUUCCGCCAACACGCCCUCCACCAACCCAUGCCCUCCCUCUCCAUUCCUCCCCACCAGCACCUCACCCCCCUCGCCCCCCUCGCCCCCCUACUACACCCCACCCUCUCACCCCACCCCCUCGCACUCGCCCCCAUCACUCACCAAAAAGAAAGAACUAGCACGCAACCACGCCCAGCGUAAAUACAUCCGAAAACGACUCGAAGACGUCGGCGGACCGAACUACAAGCACGAAGCCGAAGUCGUCAUCGACCUGAAGUGGGAGAAUAUGGUCAAUCCCAAGGGCGAAGAGUGUGAGAUUUGUGAGACGAAUGUGGUUGCUAAGCGGUAUGGGUUGUGGGUGUGUCCCGAGGGGGGGUUGAGGUUGUGUCGGAUGUGUUAUUUGGAGAUGGGUAGGUUUGAUGGUUAG